GUUACCAGUGUUCGACAAUGGUCAUUGCUACCUAAAGGGCUGACAUUAAAACUAUAAAUACGAUCAUAUUUCUACUCCCUAAACAUAAUCGGAGCACAGUGACUAGUGUAAUCAAGCAUAUUCCAGUGUAUGUGUCAUUGAAACGUACGAAUAACUCCCAUAAAAUGUAUGUGACGCGGAGAAGAAGGACCUGAAGCGCACAGUGUUGGCACUGGACCGAAGUUGGCUAGGUGAAAACGAAACACACAAUCAUUUCUUGUGUUAUUCUUUCACCGAAUAAUAAGAGAAAACUGUUGGCAUCAUGUGCAUUGGCCUCAUUAUCGUGCGAUAAUGCUUUGUGAGGAAAGCACUCUGGAUGACAAGAGAGAGCCAUAGUAUUAACUCUCCCGGCAUGAUAAAAUAAGGGGGAAAAUAAUAGGAAAAAGUAAGGAAAGGAGAUGAGCCAUAACAUUGCAGGCAUGCCACCCUUUACUAGGAUGCCGCUAGGUGGUAUGGGCAUGGGAGUGGGCAUGGGACCAAAUGCACCACAUCCAGAGCCAAAUCCCCAUCCUCAUCCUCCGCUACCACCACCAGCUGGUGCUAAUCCUAAAAAAAAGAGAAGGACCAAUGCCAAUGUUGCACCACCUGCACCACAGCCACCACCGACGGUCCAGGAUUUACUGCCCCCACCUUUGUCGGGUUACGGUGACACAAUAGUGGCGAGUAAUCCAUUCGACGAUACGCCACCUCAAAGUGCUCAAAAUCCAAUGAUGCACGGUGGUCCACCGCACAUGCACCCCCACCACCCUCACCACAUGGGUGGUCCACCUAUGAGAGGAAUGAGUCCAUUGACACCGAUGGGUGGAAUGUCCCCAAUGAUGCCCCACAGUAUGGGUAACAUGAGUCCAAUGGGCAAUUCACCCAUGGGUAAUCACAUAAAUCACAUGGGUGGCAUGUCACCAAUGAGCCAUGCACCCAUGGGAGGCAUGAGUCCUAUGAACAAUAUGGGACCAAACAUGCCACCAGGCCCGAUGAACAGUAUGAACAAUCACAUGAACAUGGGGCACAUGGGUAAUGCACCGAUGAGUGGUCCCCCAAUGGGCAGUCCCAUGAACAGUAUGAACAGUGGGCCCAUGGGCAGUCCCAUGAACAACAUGGGCCACAGUAUGGGAAGCCCCAUGGGUGGGCCCCUAGGUUCACCCAUGAACAGCAUCGGUGGAAACAAUCACAAUCACAUGCCUAAUGGACCAAUAAAUAUUAACAAUAUCAACAGCCAUAUGCCGCCUAACAGUCCACUGAAUGGGCCCCCCAUGAACAAUGUGAACAGCCCGUUGAAUCACAAUGGCUCGCAGCCACAUCCCAAUCAUAUGGGAAAUAAUCUCAGUAAUUUAGGAAGACCUAUGAAUGGCCCCAUGACGACGAUGAGCUCCAUGGCGCCUAAUAAUAUGAACAUGUCCGGGCCCAAUUCAAUGAGCAAUAUGAACAUGGGUGGACCGCCUAUGAACAGCAUGUCCAAUAUGAACAUGCCGCAUCCUAAUCAGAUGGGGCAUAUGGGCGGGCCUAUGGGGGGCAUGGGGAAUAAUAUGAGCGGGGGACCACCGAUGGGACAUCCUAUGGGGAUGGGUGGCAAUAUGCCGCCUCAUGGGUUCCAAGGACCGCCUGGCAUGGGACCCAAACCUAUGCCGGUUUCUGCGGGCAAGAUCUACCCUGCCGAUCAACCAAUGGUUUUCAACUCCCAAAACCCAAAUGCACCACCCAUUUAUCCUUGCGGUGUAUGCCACAAAGAAGUACAUGAUAACGAUCAGGGAAUCCUUUGUGAGUCUGGCUGUAAUUUCUGGUUUCACAGAGGAUGCUCGGGGUUAUCGGAAGCAGCCUUCCAACUACUGACGCAAGAGGUUUACGCGGAAUGGGUGUGUGAUAAGUGUUUACAAUCUAAAAACAUACCUCUGGUCAAAUUCAAGCCAUAACACCUCACAGUUGGUCGUUCCACAGACACGCAAGUGACACAUUGUUAAAGUUUAUUACUCUAUAUUACACACUUUUAAAUAAGAAUAAAAAAGAAAAUUGGAGAUAGAGGAAAAUUCGUGUGCAAACAGCACUGAACUCACGCACUUCACUCUCUGAAUACUGGGCAAGAUAAUCGAGGAAAUUGAAAUAAAAACAACAACAUGAACCGCCCCUGGGGCAUUUCAAUAUGGAGCCUACGAUGUUUGUUAAUGACUUUUAGCUUUAACUUGUUGAAAACUUAGGAUAUUUCGCAGCAAGUGCGAGUAGGCCACAUUACAUUUACAAUUGGAGUGUAAACAUGGCUCAGAAGCUGACGUACACUUGCCAGAUUUUCACUCUGACACUGUAAAUUCAAUUUUCCUCCCAAAUUAAAUGAAAUACCUUUGACCGAAUCUUGCGUCGCCGACAGAUCUCCGUUAGCUCGAAAAUAAAAAAGAAGAAAGCACCCUGAAAAUAACGUGACAAAGUAAAUUGUAAAAAGCAAAUACGAAGAGUAUCUUCGAGUCUUUUAUUCUAGGAUUUAUUGUCUAAUAGUUGAUCGCCAGGAAUUCAUAUUCCAACGGGUGUCUAUCUGUAUAAAAUAACGCAAUUAUAGAACCCAGAGAAUAAUUGGUACAAAAAGAAAAGCGUAAACUAGGAUUUUUUUCUUUAUCAUUCUUCUUUUGGCCAAAACAAAUUAUUAUGAUCUGUGAUUUUAUUUCCAUUUUAAUUGGACGCUAUUGAGAAUUUUUUUUUCUUGUGUGUAAAUCCUGUAUUUUUAAAAGUAUACACUGGCCUGUACAUCAAAUUGUAUAUUAAUUUUUCAUUGAUAAAUUGCUGAUGCAGUUAUUGAAAGAUGAUAAUAGCCUAAAGGUCGUUCUUAAUUUUAAUUUUUUUUUCUCUUUUUAUCUGUUUAUUUGACGAGAGCAAAAACAGUUUCUUGCCAGAAUUAAUUCCACUGAGAGUAACUUAUGUCUUUUUAAUAAAAUGAGUAUGAAUUCAUAAAAAUUUUCGUCGAGAUAAAUUCCAUGGGCAGCUAGGCGUGGAAUUAACGUGUUCACACGUAAUUGUACAGGAUUUUUUUCUUUAUUAUUUCUAAUUAAUAGAAGAUAUUCUACGAGAAAAAUUAAUGAAUAAACUAGUUACUCAUCGUUUUAUUGAUUAAGAAUUAUUAUAGUUUAAUCAUGCGUCAUUAAAACAAAUAGAUAUUACAAGAAACAGGAUCCCAUAUAUAUAACAUAAUGCUCAUAUUAGUAUUACAACGAAUAGACUAUCCAUUGCCAAGUACUUUUUUUUACGUUAUUUUAUUUUAUUUUCAUUUGUCGAUGAUUAAUUCGAUUACUUCAGUCGUAUGAAGCCAUCCGAUAGAUUUUCAGUUAUGAAAAAACAUUGAAGAAUAAUUACAAUUAACUGAAUACUGAAUUCAGCAGGAUAACAUCACAAAACUCGUGUAUUAAAAAUUUUGUAUUAUUUGUACAAACUAUGAAAAAUGAUAAAAAAAAUUAUUCUGAAAUUUGAAUACUUCUAAUGAUUCAUUUUUACGGGUCACAGAGCCUAGAACAGGAAUAUUCGAACACGUUUUUUUUACUAUAAUAUGCAAUGCAAAUGAAUAUCGAUGGCACACCACAAUCUCAUGUAAGUUGUACAUAUUGACGUCACUAUUUUCUACGAAAAUGUUCUGAUCAAUGAACUUGUGAGAUACAUUCACGCAGGUGUAAUAGGUAUGAAUUGUUUCACAGGUUUUCUCUGACUCGCGGCGUGUUUAUCGAGUGGAAUAACCCCUUUACUAACCCGCUGAUAACAAAUCAUUUUUUUAGACGAAAAUGUUUCCUCAUUUUUAUGUCAGACAGAUACGAGGCGAGAAAGUUUCAGUGUCUCAUUGUUCCUUUAUUGUAUAUAACUAAUUGAUCAUUUCUCCGUUUGAUGAAUGAAGAAAAAAUAAAACGGAACCUAAAAAAAUUGUGAUGUGGAGAUAUUCCGGGAUAUGUGAAGCCCCGGAUUCAAUUGAUGGGGGUGAAUGUAAAUAAAGCAAAUCAGAUCCUAAUGUAAUGGAACAUGGAGUUCAUGCAUGCGUUUCGAGUAAGCUUUGCAUUGAGAUAAUUAUUCGACGAAGAGAAAACAUAUUAAUAAUUACACAUUGGUACUGUAUAAAUGAUAUUAAAGGCCUGAUUAACUUGUACGUAUCACAAUAUUUCCUUUUAAUAAUAGGUCGAAACACAAAAGGCAAAACUUUUUGAAAUUUCUGAAGAUAUCCAUCUGAUUUACUUCGAGAAUUUGUAAAAAAUAUGUCGAAAAAAAUUCAAAUUUUUAAAGGAACGUAUGAACUAUCAUGUUCAAUUCAUAUUGAUUGAGCCAGUGACAUUAUAAACGGCAGGAGGAACCUAUUAACUACGUCAUAUUAUUAUCAUAUACAUCUAUAUAUUCUUCACAGUCACAAAAAAAACUAAUGGAAUAAAGAUUUUAAAAAGGCAAUUAACAAGAAAAUUAACCCGACUCACAACAAAAAUUGUUCAUAGUUUAUUUUUUAUCAUGUGAAUACAAAAAUAUAUAUCAGCAAUAAAGGUUGUUAUACAUUACA